CUCUAGCCACGCCCCCUUCCGGACCAGGUGCCUCCCGGCUGCUGGCUCUAGCCCUUCCUCGCGUGGCCCCGCCCCCGCCCUCGCCCCCUGCCCAGGCCCGGCCCCUGCGGAGCCCAGAGACGCGCGGACGCAGGCUCGAGGCGUCUACCGAACCUCAGCCCACGACCUGCCCCUCUGGGAGGUGCGGGCCGCGGCCAGGCUCUGACCUCAACCUGGCACAGAGGCCCCGGCCCUCAGGCAAGAUUGUCCGGGGGAGUGGCUCUUGUGUCUUUAGACCUCUGUGCGGAUGACCUGGGAGGAAGGUCAGCCUUCCCUGCUGGAGGGGGCCCAGCAAAGCCUCAGCCCCUAGAAUGAGGGGCCUGCCACUGCCUGCCCAAGGACCCCACUCCUGGGGGCCAGAUGCUGAGAAGAGACACUGGGGGCCCAGCAGACCGGAGAGCUAACCCCAGUCCCACAGCCUGGUGAAGUCACAGCCUUGCCACCUGUCUUGAUCUCACCACUGUGAAGGCCCCACGUCUCCUGCUGCAGCCCCACAGCAUGCAGCCCCAGGAGAGCCAAGUCCACUAUAGUAGGUGGGAGGACGGCAGCAGGGAUGGAGUCAGCCUAGGGGCUGUGUCCAGCACAGAAGAGGCCUCAUGCUGCCGCAGGAUCUCCCAGAAGCUGUGCACGGGCAAGCUGGGCAUCGCCAUGAAAGUGCUGGGCGGCGUGGCCCUCUUCUGGAUCAUCUUCAUCCUGGGCUACCUCACUGGCUACUAUGUGCACAAGUGCAAAUAAAUGCUGCCCCGCGUGCAUGCUGGGGGCUGGCUGCACAUGUGAGAGCACAGGCCUGGAGAGACAUCCCUGUCCACAUGGACCCCCACAUAGACAUGGACCCCACAUAGAUAUGGACCCCCACAUAGACAUGGACCCCACGGCACACACAGCAAACAGCACAGGCGCUGGCAGCUACGCGCACGAAGACACCAGGUGCACAGCUGUCACAGGCCCCACACGAGGGCGUACCACACACCUGGCACACAGUCCUUCAAAGGACCUACAGACAAACAGCUGGGCACACGUGGCAAGGAGGCCUGGGUCCAGCCUCAGCAGGAGCUGCAGGACACACCCACGCUGGGCCCUGCGGCCUGGAGCCCCCAACCACAGCCUCCCUUCACCCAGGGCUCAGCCCCUUCCCUUGUCAAGGCCAGGAUGAGGGGUUCCUUGGGCAGACAAACUGAGCCCACCUCCCUGGCAGCCCCCCGGGGUGGGAUCCUCCCUGCUGCUUUCCUCCAUGGCAGCACUGUGCAGAGCUGUGUGGCCUGGGCAGGCCCCUGUCCUCUCUGGGCCUUUCUGACUCCUGGUUUUGUAAGGAUGGCUCCAAUAAGGGCUAUGUGUCCUCUGCCCUUGUCUCAGA